UACAAUAAGUCAUAAACCGAAAGUAGGUAAAGUGAUGGGGUUGCAUUAUAGGUAGGAGGUUGCAGCAUUCUCGUAGCGGUUUGUGGUCAAAUUGUUCAGGUGCAGAGAUCUCGUGAUUGAUGACUGGAUGAUGACAAGAUGGACGUUUUAAGGCCCCAAAUUAUCCAAAUUGGUGAUCGUUGUUACAGGAAAAAUCCGCCACUGCAUAGGGAUGUAGAAGCUGAUGAAGAGGAAGAUUUCAAUGAACAAGAAGAACCAGUUGACUGUGGAUGGAAUGAUGAGAUUUGUGACUUUCGAACACCAAUAGAGGAAACGAACAAUGGCUUCCAGUUGUCAAUUGAUAUUCCCAGUGCUUUAUUCAAACACAUUAUUGGCCGAAAAGGGGAGACACGGAGACGUAUAGAAAAUGAGACGAAAACCCAACUGAGAAUACCAAAGGCUGGACAGGAAGGCCCGAUAGUGAUUGCUGGAGCAGAAAGAAAAGGAAUCAUCUCUGCCAAAACGAGAAUUGACGUUAUUGUGGGUACUGCCCGCCAGAAGGAACAGUUCACCCACUUUCUGUCUAUUCCUGUCACAACUGGCAAAGUCAUUGAGCGUUGCCUGGAGUUCAAAGACGAUGUUCUACGGGAGUGUGAUGGGGACCGAGGAAUAGAUUCCACGAUAUUCCAGAAACCUGAGAAGCUACAUCUGACAUUAGGGACACUGGUGCUUUUGUCAGACGCCGAGGUUCAACAAACUCUUAACGUUCUUCAACAGUGUCAUGAAGAUCUUGUGGGACCCAUCCUGAAAGGUCAGCGACUAUGUCCUCGUAUUCAGGGUAUUGAGUACAUGAAUGACGACCCGAGCUGUGUUGAUGUCCUCUACGCUAAAGUGGAGCCAGGCGAGGAUCUUGACAAGCUACAGAUCCUUGUGGAUCGUAUCGUAGAGAAGUUCAGCAUCACGGGCCUCAUGCAGGAGUCAUACAGCUCAGUGAAGCUCCACAUCACUAUCAUGAACACGCUAAUGAGACGCGACCCUUCUGGUGCCACAGUACCUCGACACCAAGACCGAAAGUCACGCUCAGAUGAUCGCAGGGAUAAUAAGGGUCAACAAAACAAGGAACGGGAGUCAUUUAAUGCAAUGAGUGUGCUCAAGAAAUUUGGAGAAUUUGACUUUGGUGAACACCACAUCAAAACAAUCCAUCUCUCACAGAGAAAUAUGGUUGCCAAGGAUGGUUACUAUGGCUGUGCUGGGUCACUUCUGUUACCAUAGCAACCGUCGGAUAGACUUAUCACAGACACUGUUACUUAUCAAGACAUUAUUUUUGACUGGUGCGAAUGUUGAGGAGAAUGGAAGAAAUGAGAGAAUAAAAUAAAGAUGAAAGUCAC